GCAGUGGGUGGUGGUGGCGCCAUCUUGCGCGGCGCGGAUUGAAUGAGCGCGCCGAGCCGGGGCCGCCGUCGCGAUCAGAGCAGGCCGCGAGCAGCCGCCGCCAUGGCCUCGCCGUUGCCCAGCCGUGCGGGUGGACCUGCCACCCCCCUGUCGCCUACGCGUCUGUCGCGGCUGCAAGAGAAAGAGGAGCUGCGGGAGCUCAACGACCGCUUGGCGCACUACAUCGACCGCGUCCGCGCGCUCGAACUCGAAAACGACCGUCUGCUGCUCAAGAUCUCCGAGCGCGAGGAGGUGACCACGCGCGAGGUGAGCGGCAUCAAGGCGCUGUACGAGUCCGAGCUGGCUGAUGCCCGGAGGGUCCUGGAUGAGACGGCCUGCGAGCGCGCCCGGCUGCAGAUUGAGAUGGGGAAGCUGAGGGCUGAGCUGGAGGAGGUCACCAAGAGCGCCAAGAAGCGGGAGGGCGAGCUCACAGUGGCCCAGGGCCGCGUGAAGGACCUGGAGUCCCUAUUCCACCGCAGUGAGGGCGAGCUGGCCGCUGCUCUCAGUGACAAGCGCAGCCUGGAAGGCGAGGUGGCCGAGCUGCGGGCGCAGGUGGCCAAGGCAGAGGACGGCCACGCGGUGGCCAAACAGCAGCUGGAGAAGGAGACGCUGAUGCGCGUGGACCUGGAAAACCGCUGCCAGAGCCUGCAGGAGGAGCUGGACUUCCAGAAGAGCGUGUGCGAGGAGGAGGUGCGGGAGUCCCGCAGGCGGCACGAGCGGCGCCUGGUGGAGGUGGACAGCAGCCGGCAGCAGGAGUACGACUUCAAGAUGGCCCAGGCGCUGGAGGAGCUGCGCAGCCAGCACGACCAGCAAGUGCAGCUCUACCGGCAGGAGCUGGAGCAGACCUACCAGGCCAAGCUGGAGAACGCCAGGCUGAGCUCCGACCAGAACGACAAGGCGGCCAGCGCUGCACGCGAGGAGCUGCAGGAGGCGCGCGUGCGCAUGGAGUCCCUCGGCUUCCAGCUCUCCAGCCUCCAGAGCAAGGCGAGCGCCGCCGAGGAGCGCACCCGGGAGUUGGAGGCGGCCCUGGCCGGGGAGCAGGACAAGUUCCGGGCUCUCCUGGCCACCAAGGAGCAGGAGAUGACGCAGAUGCGCGAUGCCAUGCAGCAGCAGCUGGCUGAGUACCAGGAGCUGCUGGACGUGAAGCUGGCCCUGGACGUGGAGAUCAGCGCCUACCGGAAGCUGCUGGAGGGCGAGGAGGAGCGGCUGAAGCUGACGCCCACCCCGUCCUCCCGGGUCACCAUCUCGAGGGCCACCUCAAGCAGCAGCACCAGCAGUGUGUCCACGGCCGGGCGCCCAGGUCGAGGCAAGCGCCGGCGGGUGGAGGUGGAGGAGACGCCGGGCAGCGGCUCCAGCUCCAGUGGCAUCGGCUUGGGCAGCAGCAGCAGCAGUGGCGGCAGCGGCAGCGGCAGCGGCAGCUUCCACCUGGCCCAGCAGGCCUCGGCCACGGGCGGCGUCAGCAUCGAGGAGGUGGACCUGGAGGGCAGGUUCGUGCGGCUCAAGAACCACUCGGACAAGGAUCAGUCCCUGGGGAAUUGGAAGAUCAAGAGGCAGGUCUUCGAGGGCGAUGAGAUUGCCUACAAGUUCACACCCAAGUAUGUCCUGCGGGCCAGCCAGACGGUCACGGUGUGGGCGUCAGGUGCAGGGGUGGCCCACAGUCCCCCUUCAACACUCGUCUGGAAGACCCAGAGCAGCUGGGGCACCGGCAAGAGCUUCCGCACUGUCCUAGUCAACGCCGACGGGGAGGAAGUGGCCGUGAGAGCUGUGAAGCAGACCUCAGCUGUGCAGAAUGGGGAGGAGGACGAGGAGGAGGAGGACGCAGAAUUCGGCGAGGAAGAUCUCUUCCACCAGCAGGGUGACCCUCGGACCCCUGCCAGGGGCUGCCGCCUGAUGUGACCCUGCUGCCCUGGCGCCCUCCCGCAGACCCGGGGGCUGCUUUGCUAUCAUGAAUUUCAUUAGUUCUGGACACAUUUCAGCCGGAUUUUAAGCAAACCACCAGCGCAUAGAGGUGGGGUCUUGAGGGGCUUCCCCGUCAGUGGUGUCCCUGGACUGUCCCUUUGUCACCCCCGUGUGCUGCCCAGACUUUCUGUCCCCCACGCUGCCCCUCGGUGCCCAUUAGGAUGAAUUCCAGGCCCAGGGCCAGGAACCUGGAGACCGAGAGGACAGGGCUGCCAUCAGGGAGUGGGGUGUAAGCUGUGUGAAGCUUUUUCAGAACCAAAAUCAGAAUCCAGGUUCCGACCUGGUGCGGGGUGUCGGGGACACCACGUGUCGUCAUUGGGUGGCACCCGGGGAUCAGGAUUGAAGGGAGCAUCGGGGAGUGGCCUGAGCCCAGACAUCCCUGGUGACUCGGGUCCUGCCGGGCAGGCGGCCCCCUUUCCUGGGCCUCGGUCCUGGAGCCAUCUCCACGGAUCUGGUCCUGGCCCUGCAAGACCCACAGCAGGAGAGGAGGCGGCCUGGGCGGGGCCCUGCCCUUCCAGGCUUUGUCACUGUGACAUGGAGGGGACAAGGCGGCGGGAGGACGUGCAGCUGGUGUCUGGGCCCCCACCACACACCUGGUGGGGCAGCCCUGGGUCCACCUGUGGGAGCUCUGUGCUGCCUGUUGGGUUCCUGCACGUGUGUAGUGAGUGUCACUUCCUCCGUGACUUCCACUGAGGUUACGUCACCCAGCCAGACCCCUGGCCCAGGUGGCCCCACGUGGAGGGCUCCCCUCUGCAGCCCGGUGCUUGGCCCCCACCCCGGCCCUUCCCGCCAUCACCACUGGCCCUGCCACGUAGAUACACAGAAGUUAUUUUUUUAAUGGAUAUUUAUUUUUUUACAUACGUCAGUGUGCAGCUCACCUGGGUGCAGCUCCAGGGGCUCCUGUCAUCCUCCCGGGGGUCACCUGUCCAGGCGCUCUGUAGUCCCUAGUGGCCAGCGUCCUUCAGAAAGUGCAGCUGAGUCUCAGACCGCCCGAGCCGCUGCUUGCUGGCUCCGGAAAGCGGGCUCUUGGGCUCACCCGGCCCGCAUCUGCUCGGCUCUCCCCGGCUCCUGUCCCUGUCCGCUUGCUCUCCUUGGGAACCCUCCUGAUCUCAGAGGUGGCUUCCUCCACCCUGCCCCGUCACCCCUUUGGGCUCCCCGAAUGCCCUUGCUUGGGGGAAGGUGGGGACCGCGCGGGCAGCCAGCGCUGGAGGCCGAUGGUCGGCAGCCCCGGCCAUCGGGUGCUGUCCCGGUCCCGCAGUGGGUGGUGGCCGUGGGGCCGGGGCUCCCCCGGUGCGCACAGCUUGGCUCAGCUCAGCCCCCUGCAGCGCCGCCCGUUCUGGCCCCGCGCCCGCUCCCGCAGCCCGUUUUAACCCAGCACGGCCGGAGCUGCGUGGACACUGCCGACCUGCUCUGGGAACGUGUCUGCCUGGACACCGCCCGCCCGCCCGGCCUGCGAGGGACGCGGGGCUGGGGCUGCGCUCUGGGGGUUUUUAACAUGCAUGCCAAACGUGUGUUCUUUUUUCGCCCCUCGAUUUGUAAUAUACAUUUUAAGACUGGAAACUUUUGUACAACACUCCAAUAAACACUCGGGUUUUAGUCGCUGCUUGUUUAGUGGCUCUGAAAACCGGGAGUAUUUCUGGCGCCAUCACCUUUCUGCACAACAGUUCGCGAUGGUGCCGAAGCGUCGGAUCCGUGUGCGCAUGCGCGGGUUACGAGCUCCGGGGGCGGGGCCUAGGUACUGAAAGCCCUUUCCGGGUGUGCCGCUGGGAUCUCUACUGCGCGUGCGCAUAGAGCCUUGCAAGAGCUUCUGGGCGUUCUACUCGAUUCUCCUAUGGUACUUGGGAUUUCCGGCGUCCAGCGGGUGACCAACAAGUGCUUCCGGAAGUGCACUAGGAUGCUGGGAGUCUCCCGGGCCAAUUUGAAACAUUCGAUCACUCAGGAGCCUGGGAUUGAGAGCGUUUUGGCGGGUGCAGGCAGGCGCGCGGCGCCUGUGGCCUAUUAGCCUGUCCUGUGCAUGCGCAACAAGAACCCGCGCAGCGCCUUCGAGCUGGGCUCAGCAGGGUAUCGCUCUGGUCCCUCCUCUGUCAUCGUAAUGGGUAAGCUGCUCAGGUUGAAUGAAUGUUUACGGCUGCGUGCCAAGCACUGGAAUGGGGUGGGUGGCACGGCAGUCAAUGCAGCCUGAGGCCUGAAGAUGGUACCUUCACACCAGGCCUGGGUUAACUCAGCCACUUGGCAGAACUCAGAAGAAAGAAACAGAGCUGGAGAGGUAGAUCCAUGCCCCGGACUGGAAAAAACGUUUAUUCAUGCAUUGCUAAGCUUUGCUCUCUGUCUCUUUCCUCUUUCUUGUGCUGCGCACGGAGCCCGGAGCUCUGCACCUGCUAGGCCAGCGCUCCCACUGAGCUGCACCCCCAGCCUCCGUGGAUUGGGGUCUCAUGGAUAAGAUACCUACCGGGCCCCCCCUCUGGGUUUCCCUGAGUGCUGGUGAAAUCCAGGGUCCCAUCCACACCCCCGGCCACCCCGGGGUCGCCCACCUGGCAGGAGUCCACCCUGCCCUCCAGGAAGCCGGCGCAGAGCAUGCGGUCGGUGAGGGAGAAGUUGUACAGCGCGCUGCAGGUGUUCUGGUCCACGAUGCCCACGGAUGCCCUCUGCAGGACGUCAGGCUUGGUGGCUGCCAAGAAAGGAGCGCAGGGGGGCGCAGAUCGCCCCAAGAGAAGGCGCCUUCCCUCCCCGUGGAUGCACACACAGGCCCACGGACUCUAUGGGGAGGAGGCAGUGGGUCCCAAAGCCCCAGCAUGGAGUCUUGGGCUGUCUUCUGUCCCCAAAACCUGUACAAAGCCAUCCCGGGGUCUCCAUGGGAACCUGACCUCCUGCCUUGGCUGGGGUCUCUGAAUUGUGUAGGGCAAGGUCAGCCGGCACUUUUUAAAAAAUAUUUUCAGUUUUAUGAGCCACUCAGUCACCUUCCCCACUACACAGCCCAACCCAGAAAGGGGCUGUCACUGAACGUGCACAGGCUGUGCCAAUAAAACUUUAUUUAAACAA